GGAAGAACAAUGGCAGAAGAAAGCAAGCGUGCGUACGUGCGACUCUGUUUAGUGUGACUCUGGCAUCUUUAUAAAGGUUUUCCUAGGUCAGUUUUCUAAAAUUUCUUGUUGCUCUGCUCGCGUUACAGUUGGAAAUCAGUAUACACAAGCGUGCACAUAAACGCGCUAUACUACAAAGAUGUCGUUUCCCUGCUUUGACUGGCAGACCAGCAAGGAGAAGCUUUCUGAACGCGGCGAAUAUCUGUUCGACACUGGAUUAUGGUCCGACUGUAAGUUCAUCGUGGGACAAGAGCCAGAGCAGCGGAUCUUCAACGGCCACAAGUUGUUUCUGGCAAUGUCCAGUCCAAUCUUCGAAACCAUGUUCUUUGGUAGCACGGCAGAGAAGGACGAUCCAAUACCAAUAAGGGAUGUUCAGUCUGAAGCGUUCAAAAUCUUAUUACAGUAUAUAUACACAGAAAAAGCGGAAUUUACUUCUUUCAAGUUGGUAUGCGAGUUGUAUUACUGCGCUAAUAGAUACAUGUUGCCAUCUUUGGUGAGGCAAUGCACAGAAUAUUUGUGCACCAAUCUCUCACCAAAGGGAGCGUGCAGGGCGUACGAACUUGCCAAGCUCUUUGAGAAAUGUGAGCUAAUGGACGACUGUUUAGACAUCAUAUGUACAAUGACCAGCGAAGUAUUGAAUGAAUCUAGUUGGAAGGACAUAGGACUGGCAACACUGCUCACAGUUUUGGAUCAGGAGGAUUUGGAGAUCAGUUCGGAGAUAGAAUUAUUCAUCGCUGUAGAAAAAUGGGCCAAGUCAGAAUGUUGUAGAAAAUUGAUUGAUCCAACAAACAGAGAAAACUUGAGAUCUGUUAUUGGAGAUGCAUUCUCAAAGAUAAGAUUUUUGAGCUUGACUCCGCAGGAAUUUGCUACGGGUCCUGCUGUGUCUCCCAUGUUUUCACAAGAUGAGGCUUUUGCCAUAUUGCUGAACAUAUGUACUGAUGACAAAACGCUUGUACUUGUACCCGAAGAUUUUUGUACUAUUUCAUACAGUAGAACAAACCUAAAGAAUAAAACUUUACAAACCUCAUCAACUUCAAACCUAAAGAAUACAACUUUACAAACCUCAUCAACUUCUAGCCAACAACAUAUACCACCUAGGGCAGAACAAGAUUUGUUUGGCAUUCGUUAUAAAUACUGAAGACUAUUCUUAAGGAAGACUGAAGACUGAUUCUUAAGGAGGUUAUUAAUUGAUCUAUUUCAGAAACAUAAGGUUUGUCUAUCGGAAUGUACUUAGUUCCUGUAUAAUUUCUCUAUAAUUUCCUAUAUAAAGACACAUAUCUAUAAUGAAUAUA